AUGACCAGCCUUCGAAAAACCCACCCCGUACUCAAAAUUGUUAACGAUGCACUAAUUGAUCUCCCUGCCCCUGCAAACAUUUCUAUCUGAUGAAACUUCGGCUCCCUCCUAGGGCUAUGCUUGAUUACACAAAUCCUAACCGGCUUAUUCCUAGCUAUACAUUAUACCUCUGACAUCUCCACAGCCUUCUCAUCAGUCUGCCACAUCUGCCGGGACGUUAACUACGGCUGACUUAUCCGAAAUAUUCACGCUAACGGUGCAUCCUUAUUCUUCAUCUGUAUUUACAUACACAUCGCCCGAGGCCUUUAUUAUGGCUCCUACUUAUACAAAGAAACCUGAAAUAUCGGAGUUAUCCUCCUCCUCCUAACAAUAAUAACCGCCUUCGUUGGCUAUGUUCUGCCCUGAGGACAAAUAUCUUUUUGAGGCGCAACAGUAAUUACUAACCUAUUAUCAGCUGUUCCCUACAUUGGAAAUGACCUGGUCCAAUGAAUCUGAGGCGGCUUCUCCGUCGAUUACGCAACCCUUACACGAUUCUUCGCAUUCCACUUCUUAUUUCCCUUCAUCAUUGCAGCAGCCACAAUCCUCCAUUUAUUAUUCCUUCAUGAAACUGGCUCAAACAACCCAGUAGGUAUUAACUCUGAUGCAGAUAAAAUCCCCUUUCAUCCCUACUUCUCCUACAAAGACCUCUUAGGUUUUGUAUUUAUGUUAUUUGGCUUAGCCUCCCUAGCCCUCUUCUCACCCAACCUUUUGGGAGACCCAGACAACUUCAUUCCUGCCAACCCCUUGGUUACUCCACCCCAUAUUAAACCAGAGUGAUAUUUUUUAUUCGCCUAUGCAAUCCUACGAUCAAUUCCUAACAAACUAGGAGGAGUCCUUGCCCUACUAUUUUCAAUCCUGAUCCUAAUACUAGUCCCCAUCCUCCACACCUCUAAGCAGCGCGGAAUCACUUUCCGCCCCCUUACCCAAUUACUAUUUUGACUCUUGGUAGCAGAUAUAUUAAUCUUAACAUGAAUUGGAGGAAUACCCGUUGAACACCCCUUUAUUAUUAUUGGACAAGUCACAUCCGUAAUUUAUUUUGCCAUCUUCCUACUCCUCGCCCCCCUGGCCGGCUGAUUAGAGAACAAAACCCUAGAAUAA